GGCUCAUUGCAUUGCCAACAUCCCUCUCGCCCGCUCAACACCCAGCACGAUGGAUGACUACAAGCUGCUCGCCGAUAUGAGCAACCGGACGGCUUGUCCGCGCUGCGAAGGAUACGGAUUCAUCCAUGGGACCCUUGAUAAGCACGACAAGCCCGCCAAGGUCAAAUGCAAGAAGUGCGAGGCCUGUGACGUUUGCGAGGGUUCUGGCGUCACCUUUGGCAAGGAUCCGUGCAAUGGAUGCGGAGCCAAGGGAUUCGUCCACCCAGAAAAGGCGUAUGCACCACAUUCAACCCCCAGCAACAUCCGCUGCAUCGACUGUGUGGACUGCAAAGUCUGCCAGGGCAAGGCAGUACUGGACCGCAAGAGCAGAGCGGCCGAAGCGACCAAAUCAGGUGCUGGACCAAAGUCGGCCUACACGGAUGCCAAGAGCUUCCUGCCGCAGCAACCGCUCGUGUCCAUCGCCGGAGCCAGCGGUGCUGCUCCAGGCUCGUUUGGCGUGCCGGUCCGCGAGCCUCGGAUUGCGAUCCCACCUGCAUUCAACCCGCCGAUCCAAAUCAUCCAAGGCAAGCCCAAUCCGUUUUCGAUGGCACACCCUCACUUGGUCAGCGGCCUGGGCUUUGGGCCCAAGGAGCUCGCUGUCUUUCUCGGCAAGAAUCAAGCGCCGGCCCUCCCGACCUCGGUCCUGCCCGAACAUCUGCAGACGACCAAAUGCCCCAAGUGCGAGGGAGCCGGAUGGAGACACGAAUCGAGCAUCCGCCAUGACACGCGCGCGACGGUUCGCUGCAAGAACUGCGUUGCAUGCCGAGGAUGUCGUGGAGAAGGCACCAUCACGGGCAAGACCAUCUGCCCCACAUGCCAGCUCAAGGGAUACAACCAUGCGUCCACCGAGCGUCCUCACGACGCCCCAGCGAACCUGCGCUGCUUCUUCUGCAAAGAUUGCUCGCACUGCAAGGGUAUCGGACUCGUGGACAUGGCCACCCUCGGCAAUCUGCCACCGCUGACGCCAAUCGCCGGUCCGGGUGCGACGCCUUAUCUGCCGGCUGCCCCACUGCUGAAUCUCGCGAAUGCGGCCGGCCAGAAGUCCUAGGAUGUCUUUCGGACGAUGUAUUGCAAUCGGAUAUGAUCCCUUAGAUUGUGACAGCCCCAGAACCCCCUCAUUCUAUUUUCCCUCAUCGAUCCUUUGAUAGUUCACAGCCGCUUCAUACAAUGCCGUCAGUCAAGCCUUUGAUAGAAACACGAAACUGAUCCUCAUCUAUUAACAAAUCAGCGGG